GUCCGAUGACGCCACUCCCUGUACAACUAAAUCGCACGGUAACAAAUUCCAAAGAGAGAGCGAGGGGGAGAAGAGAGAGCCAACAAUGGCAGCUCGCAAACGAGCGUCAGCAGAGGCGGCAGCAAAGCCGCCGACGACCACUGAAAUAACGCCGCAGCGGAAGCCUCAAGACAAAGAGACGACUAUCACGAAUGAACUCCCGAUUGCGCCACCUAGAUCGGGCCUAAUUUUCAAGCUCUCUUUUCUGUUACUGGCCCCGUACUUGUACCUCUUAUUCUACCACUACAGGAUCGAGAAGGACCUCAAGAGAUCUAUCCUCAUCAAUGCGGGGCUUAGCCUCGGUGGCUUCUUUAUCACAGUCAAGAUGAUCCCCGUAGCUUCUCGAUACGUAUUGAGGCGCAAUUUGUUUGGUUACGAUAUCAACAAGAAGGGUACUGCUCAAGGAACUGUCAAAGUGCCUGAGUCAUUGGGCAUUGCUGUUGGAAUUGUCUUUUUGGUCUUGGCAAUUUUGUUUCAGUAUUUCAACUUCACAGCAGAUUCAAAUUGGCUUGUGGAGUACAAUGCAGCACUAGCAUCGAUCUGCUUCAUGAUUUUGCUUGGAUUUGUUGACGAUGUUCUUGAUGUCCCCUGGAGGGUGAAAUUGCUGCUACCUUCAUUUGCUGCUCUUCCCCUGUUGAUGGCCUAUGCCGGACAUACUACUAUCAUCAUACCUAAGCCUCUUGUUCCUUACAUUGGGGUUGAGAUUUUUGAUUUAGGAUGCUUAUAUAAGCUUUACAUGGGACUUUUUGCGGUUUUUUGCACAAACUCGAUCAACAUUCAUGCUGGCAUAAAUGGUCUUGAAGUUGGGCAGACAGUUGUGAUUGCAUCUGCUAUUCUGAUACAUAAUGUCAUGCAAAUUGGAGCAUCUACAGAUCCUGAGUAUAAGCAGGCCCAUGCAUUCUCCAUCUACCUUGUUCAACCUUUACUUUCAACUUCGUUGGGUUUACUUUCUUACAACUGGUAUCCCUCUUCUGUUUUUGUUGGAGAUACUUACACGUACUUCGCUGGAAUGACCAUGGCUGUUGUUGGAAUUUUAGGACAUUUCAGUGAGACACUUUUGAUAUUCUUCCUACCUCAAGUAGUGAACUUUCUCCUGUCAUUGCCCCAGCUUUCUGGUUUUGUAAAAUGUCCCAGGCAUCGUCUACCUAGGUUUGAUCCCCAGACCAGAUUACUCACUGGAACGAAUGAUGGAACACUUGUAAACUUGUACUUGAGAAUGUUUGGCCCCAUGUCAGAGAAGUCACUUUGCAUUCAACUUCUUCUUGUUCAGGCUCUUGGAUGCUGCUUCUGCUUUGUGCUGAGAUAUUUUCUUGCUGGUUGGUAUAAAUGAAAGCCUCCCACAACUUCUGAUGAAUAUUCUUCAUAUAGUUAUUAACAAGCAAGCAUUUGGCACCCUGACUGAUCAUGUUGUAUUGUAUGACUUCUUGCUUACCAGACAGUUGUCAAGUGGGCAAGUCAGUUGUUCAGUGGGCAAUUGGGUGUGUUCCACGUUAAAAAAAAAGUGGGUCUUUUUUGAGGGUGAAGCAAUUUUUCAGUUUCAAUGUGUUUGAAAAUGAUGCCAAGGUUGGGGCCCAAAGAUGUAUUUAUACCUGUCAAACAUAUGAUAUGACAUGAUUUUGAAGCAAUAAUGCAUUUUUAGUUUGGAAGC